CAAAAGCUCCGCCGCUGUGACGUCACUAGGCAGGCGGCCAAUCAGUUCCAGAGCCCCUCUAUAAAAAGUUCUAUUCAUCGCGCACAAUUUAUAACGCUUCAUAGAAGCAAAACCGAUCAGAGAAAGGACGCAGUUGAAAGAGCUGGACAUUGCGCACUAAGCUGUUUUGAAGAGAUUUAUUUCUAAGGUGUUAUCUCCCUGAGGCAAAUAAGAAAUGGUGCUGGCAGAUAUCCCAUUUUUUGGUCCUAUCUCGGUGUCAGAGAGUCUCGUGGCCAUUAUAACAAUAUGCACAGUGUAUCUCCUGCUGUGGGUCACUCGCACCAAAAUUCCUGAAGGUCUUCUGCCACUUCCAGGACCGAAACCUCUCCCCCUCAUUGGAAAUGUGCUGGAAUUAGGACGCAACCCACACCUGAGUUUGACAGCCAUGAGCAAGCAGUAUGGCCCAGUUUUCCAGGUCCAGAUCGGCACACGUCCUGUGGCAGUGUUGGGCGGUAGUGAGGUGGUACGACAGGCCCUGAUCAAGCAGGGCGAAGAGUUUGCCGGACGUCCUGACCUCUACAGCUUCCAAUUCAUUAGUGAGGGGAAGAGCCUGGCGUUCAGCACGGACCAGGCAGGUGUAUGGCGUACACGUCGCAAGCUCGCACACAAUGCCCUGCGCUCAUUCGCAAACAUCGAAGGUCAGAGUGUUGAGUAUUCCUGCGCCCUGGAGGAACACAUCAGCAAAGAGGGCCUGUGCCUGAUCGAGAGGCUGUGCAGCGUCAUGGAAUCCAAUGGCGGAUUUGACCCUUUCCGUUACAUCGUGGUGUCGGUAGCCAACGUGAUCUGCGGCAUGUGCUUUGGCCGUCGCUACAGCCACGAUGACAACGAGCUAUUGAACCUGGUGAACAUGAGCGACGAGUUCAACCAAGUGGUGGGCAGCGGAAACCCGGCUGACUUCAUUCCAUUCCUGCGCCUCCUGCCCAGCACCAACAUGAAGAAAUUCCUAGCCAUCAACAAGCGCUUUAACACGUUCAUGCAAAAGCUUGUCAAAGAGCAUUAUGACACCUACAAUAAGGACAAUAUCCGUGAUAUCACAGACUCGCUUAUCGAUCACUGCGAAGACAGAAAACUGGACGAGAACUCAAAUCUGCAGGUGUCCGAUGAGAAGAUAGUGGCAAUUGUGAAUGAUCUCUUUGGAGCCGGUUUCGACACAAUCAGCACAGCUUUGUCCUGGUCUGUUGUGUACCUAGUGGCUUAUCCUGAGAUACAAGAGAGACUGCAUGAAGAGCUGAAGCAGAAGGUUGGAAUAGACAGUACGCCGCGCCUGGUGGACAAAACCAACCUGAUUUACCUCGAGGCUUUCAUCAUGGAGAUCUUCCGUCAUUCCUCCUUCCUUCCUUUCACCAUCCCGCACUGUACCACAAAAAACACGUCCCUUAAUGGGUACUUCAUUCCUAAAGACACGUGCGUCUUCAUCAACCAGUGGCAAGUCAACCAUGACCCGGAGAUCUGGAAAGAUCCUUCCAUGUUCAAUCCUGACCGCUUCCUCACCGCUGAUGGCACCGAGCUCAACAAGAUGGAAGCUGAGAAGGUCAUGAUCUUCGGCUUGGGCAAGCGCCGUUGCGUGGGAGAAGUCAUCGCUCGCUCUGAGGUCUACCUCUUCCUCGCUAUCCUCAUCCAAAGGUUAAAGUUCAGCAGCAUGCCGGGGCAGAUGCCAGACAUGACACCAGAGUACGGCCUCACCAUGAAGCACAAGCGCUGCCUCUUGCGCGCCACGCUGAGACCUGGGUUCGAAACUCCAUGCACGGUGUGAGAGUAUGAAAUGAGCCGUAAAUUCAGCUGUUUAAUUUCAGGGAUGCUAAUGAUGAGAAUCCCUCAUAUUCUUGUGAUGCUGUGGUCAGUAUAGACACAGAGGAUCUCUUUAGUGCAGUGAGGGGCAUCUCAAUGUAGUGGCUGAAAAUUUCUGACGCUUAUCUGUCUUAAAUGCAGAUCCACAUAUUUUCAGAAUAUAGUCAAUAAGCUGCCAGAAGAACAAGACGUAAUAUUCUGUGUAGAUGUCUAGUGAUUUGGUUCACAUCACCUUGGAGUCGAGUUCACUGGCUAAUUCCUGGCUAUAUCUCAGGUACCUUGCUGCAGUGGUUAGAAAACAUUGAUCUGAUUCUGUGGAAAGUAUUCAUUAUGAAUCAUGAACAAACUAUUCAGAUGGCAUGGACAGAAUUAAAUAUUUUAGUGCCUUUGUCUUACAGUAAGCUAUAAUAGUUUGAAAACUAUGCAUUAUAUAAGCCUUUUAGUACUACUGACUGUUAUUUUUGCUAUGAUAAAAUAUAUUAAGAGAAAGAAAUUGUAAAUUUUUUUUUUCAUUUUUUUUUUUUCGUUUUUUUUGUUUUGUUCUUUUUAAUGAUCCAUAGCGUCAUCGGCUUGACGAUCAACACUGAAGUUAUUUUCAAAAUGAUAUUUAAGCUCCAUCCCGUAAUGUGAUCCAUAAAUUCAUGUGCUGUAUUACUGAUCAGUUUCCAAUGUGCUUCAACUUCUGCUUGUACACAAUGCUGAAGUUUUGUAUCGAGAUUUAUUUAUGGAGGCCUUCAGAGAUAUUGCUUUCAGUGUAGGUAAAACUGAUAGGCCACUGUAUUUUUUUUCUGUGUGUGUGUGUGUGUGUGUGUGUGUGUGUGUGUGUGUGUGUGUGUGUGUGUGUGUGUUUGUGUGUUUAUGGGAAAUAAUGAAGGAGGUGAAUUUAUGGUGUAACUUUCUUGAAGAACAAAACAAAAAUUCAGUCAUUACAGUAAUUAUGCCUUUUUGUACUCUGCUGUUGCAAAAGUUUUGGCACUUUUGUAUUCUUUGCCAAAAUAAAUAUAAGUGAAAAAAAAGUC